UCUGCUCUCUCUUUCUAUCAUCAUCAAAAUCGCUCCUUUUCUUUUUUUUGAUUAAUUCUUACAAAACAUAAAAACAUAAAAAAGAAAAAAGAAACUUAAAAAAAAGCUCCGAAAUUUCAGACGAUAAGUCCUAACUAUUAGAUGAUUCGAUGCUUCUCGCAGACAUGAACCUCAAAACCCUAGCGAUUACGCCUCUACUCCUACUCCUUUCCUCCUUCUUCUUCCAUCUUCGAGGAGCAGCAUUUGGUUCAUCAAAGGCCUUUCAUUGUCUUCUGCUUCUCUCAUGUCUCUUGCUCUCCUCAGUCAACACACUCCACAACUUGGCUGACUAUGACUCUCUUGGUUCCAACAACAUUAUUGCUGAAAGGUUUCAGAGCUUUAACGGUGGAGGGAGUGUAGCAGUUCAGAAUGUUUGUCCCAGUUCACACCUCUUCUCUUUGCUUCCAGCUUUAGGAUCAGAGUAUCAGUUUGAUCAUGUUGUCACUUUCUUCAGGCCUCCUUCUUGUCCAGGCAAAUCAUUGUUGAGUAACAACAAUCUAUCUGGUGUUGUGUGGCUGUCUAUGAAGCCUGUCCACAUCAUAGAGUUUCAGCCUUUUACUGGUUUCUCACGCAUAGGAGGUACCAAACCUUUGUCCAAAGAGCUCUUUGCUAAGAAGAACACAAGGGAGCUGAGUAUCUCUGUCUCGGGUAAACAGUGUGGAGGAUUGUCUAUAGAACCAGGGGAGGACUCAAUCAAGUUUCUCUUCUUCUACCAGACAGAACAACUCUCUUGUGCAUCUGGAGUUGCUGUUUUUGCAGUGCCUAUGAAGUCCACAGCGCCUGUUUUGAUGCUUAGUCUUUGCAAGAAACCAGUCUCCUCCUGGUGGUUGCGGGUCAAGAAACUCUCAGUGGCGCUUCUUAUUGCCGUUGCGUUGCUUAUUCUGAUAUUUUGCUUCAACGAUCACUUCAUCGAAGAGAGAAACAACAUUGCGGUUAAAAAAGUUGCGAAGCCAUCUACUACCAUCACUAUCUCCCUUGAAAUGGAUACUCUGCUAAGAUCCAUAAGCAAAGAGACGUUGCAAGGGUCCAGUGAGGUGGUUUCGGAGAGCAGUAUAAAGCCAGUUUCUGCAUCUUCUUCUUCUCAAGCAGAAGCUGUGAACCUCACUGUAAAGACUACGAAGAGAAGGCGUAACAAGAAGAAGAAGAAGAAGGGAGCAGUCCUUGAGUUAACAUCGGAGCGCACAGAUGUUUCAAGUAGUCAGAGUGGGAACUCAACUCCAAGAUCUCCAAUGUCACCAAAACCACCAGUUGUUGUUACUACUCAAACCCCAACGAAGCUGACUCCAAAACCUGUGUUAUCGCAUGCAGCAACGUUUCCUGUUUCGGUGGCUAAUAAGUCAGUGAUCAGCUCUUUGGCUCCAAAUGUGAGAGCUCCUGGAGCCAAGAAAUCAAGAGGUGAAGUAGAGAAAGAAGAAGAAGAGUAUUAUAGGUAUGAUAUAUGGGGAGAUCACUUGACGGGGCUUCAUUUGAUGGAUAGGUUUAAGCAAGUCAGAGAAGGUAGAAGCUCGUGUUUUGCUGAAGAAGAAGAGUCUGUGUCUUUUUUUGUUAAGGGUCCUCCUCUUCUUCACAACUUGUUAACAGGCUCUCAUGCCAAACCAAUGGGUCUAAUAAAGAAAUAA